AAUACAAUGUAUGUAUUUUUGUUUUGUUGAGCAAAUUUUGUAGCAUACGAAAGUGAGACCAAGUCAUUACAUCAUCCGAAUAGCUCGAACCUUUGGAAAAUGAUUUAUUUGAAUUGUAAUCAAUUGCCUUCAUCAGGCCAUUUGGCUUCAGCUGUAAAUUGUGUGAUAUUUGAUAAUGUGAAAACUGAGUAUAGAGGAGAUGAAGACAUCACAAUUGAAUAUAUCCUUGAUUCUGAUACUGAACCAUCAUCAAGAAAUUGGAUUGGACUCUAUCCAAAAGGUGCUACACAGUUGGAUCAAUAUGUUACAUUUGAGUGGACUAUUGUUAACCCCUCCAAUGAAUACCUCAAGCAACAUAAAAUUACUUUCCAUGCGAAGUAUCACAUGAAAAGUGUUGAAGCAGAUAAAGAAUACUUUUUUAUAUUUGUGAACAAGCAAAUGAAGGUUAUAGGUUCAAGCUCUUACUUUGGUUUUCUCUUUUAUCACACUUUAGAAAUUGAUGAUCUAAAAGUUCCAGAAAAAGUUGGAACACGUGGCAGUUCUACACCUGAGUCUCUUAAGAGCCUUUCUGAGGAAAACGUCUUGAAAGAUGGGAUUGACAAGGAAAUUUUACAAGAACUUCAUUAUCACACUACUCAUCUUAAGCACAAACAACAUAUGCAAUUGUCAAGUACACAUACAAGUGACAGCAUCUCUCAAAAUAUAUCUGGUUUUAAAGCUGACGUCACACUUACUAGCCCUGAUUUUCCUGUCUCCAAUAAUUCCAGUCUGAGUAAUAACAACAAUAAUUUCUGUGCAUUGUGUAAACGUCCUUCUAAUUUUGCUGAGAUUGAGCAAAGACUGAAUGCUAAGAUCAAGAUGUAUGCAGAAUAUGGUCAUACCUUAGAGAAAAGAAUAGAAGAAUUGGAAAAAAAUUUUGAGAUGAGUCAAGUAGCCCAAAAGCAGCUUAAAUUAAUUGCCUACCAUGCGAAACGUGAAAAAACAUCAUACCAAAAAUUUGUCAAUGAAAUGUUGUCGGUUUUAACUAGUAAAGGUGCUGUUCGAAUAUUAGAUGGACAUGGAACAGAGGAUAAAAUUCAUAUCAAUACAAAACAAAUGAAUGCUAUGGAGAAGUUCGAUUCAGCUCUUCCUGCAAUUGCACCUUUAAAGCCAGAUCUAGAGAAGGAUGAAGCCAAGAAGAGACCUGAUGAAAAUGUUAAUGUUGCGUUAAAUGAAUCUCUUGGAAACACAUCUGAUAAUCAUGAACUAAAUGAAACCUAUUCUAUUGACAACUUGGUUGGUGAACCAGUAAGUGUAAUUCUUCCACUAAGUGAUUACAGGCAGACAAAGAAUCAGAGUUAUGAAGAAAGCAGAAACAGCUUUGCCAGUUUAAAUGAUGGUCAAGGUGAUUUCCACUAUAAAUCUCUAUCAUCCAAAGAAAAUAUACAUGACAUAAAAGAAAAUGUCAUGAAAGAAUUAAGGAAUGCAAUACGCAAAAGGCAAGAUAAAUCAGAAAAGUUUAAAAGUGAUCCUUGUCAUGCCAUAUCCAAUGAAUCCUUUAAUUUAUCCAUCAAUGAAACUGUUCAAAGUACAAGUGUUGAAGAGCCUAAUGCUUUAAUUAUUAAAGGUGAACGUUUACAGUAUGCUAUAAUUCGGGAACAUUGGACUGAGCUGUACAAAGUUAAAAUGGGUGCUGCAGGGAGUGUUCAGUCAAAUGAAGUGAACUCAGAUCCAUCAUUGUCUCCUCACUCUUUGCCUCAGCAAUCUGCAUCAGAUGGAUUGCCAGAUGAUACUAGAGCCACACAGACAAACACAGAAACUAAUCAUAAAGAAGUAAGAGCUAUUGGGGAGGAAUUGUGGUUGAAACAAAUCCAAGAUUUGGGGAAAAUAGUUCAGAAUUUAGCUAGUGAAAAUUUAAAAUUGAUUGAUUCUAAUAGAGAAUUGAAACAGAAAUGUGAACAGCAAGAAAGUGUUUUAAAUGAAAGAAACAGUUGUGAAAAAGAUAAAAAAGAAGAAAUUGACGAAAACCUACAGAUGGUAACAAACUUACAAGAAGAAGCAGCUAAUGACAAAAAAUUAAUUGAAGAUUUAAAACAACAGUUGCAAACAAAUACUGAGAAUAAUGCAAUUGAAGUUGAAAAAUAUCAUGAAAAUUUAAAUUUCAUGCGUAUGAAAGUAAAGGAGUAUGAACAAGUGGUUGAAAAACUUGAAAAAAAUGCAGUGGUUCAGAAUGAUGCUAUACAGUCUCUUCAAAGUACUAUUUCAUCUGUAGAUUGUCAAGGAAAUUUGGUUGAACAAAAUGCAUCAGAAAUGAAGGAUACAAUUGAAGCAUUAAAACAAAGUCAUGAGGUCUGUCAACAAGAAAAAAAAGAUCUGGAAGAGCAACUAGAAGAAGAGAGAAACUUAAGAAGAAAAAUCAGUGAUGAAAAACAGAAACUUCAAGAAGAGUUUGUACAAAUUAAACAAACAAUGCGUUUGAAUGUAGUGAAAAGAACGUCUGAGAAUUCUGAUGCCGAUGGUUCUGACUUGGAUAUUAAUGGAGAACCUGACCAAUCUGCAUGUGCAAGUGGUUCCAGAAGUGAAGAAGCUAGAGCCCUGAGUCCACGAGCUGCUGCUGAACUUCAAGUAUUUCAGAAGCAGAUGAAAGUUAAGAGAGAAGCUCGACACAAGGCAUUAUCUGCCAUAUCAAUGGAAAUGGAGAGAUUGAGAAGGGAAUUAAAUAAUGAAAGAGAAGUAAGACACAAAGCUGUAAAAGAAUUAGAGGAUGCCAGAAAUAUCUCUGACCCACAUCACAUAUUUGAAGAAGUGAAUGCUUUAAGACAUAAAUUAACAUCAGAACAACAAGAAAAAGACAGAAUAUAUAAGGAAAUGUUAAAAAUACAAAAGGAAGGAAAUGAAGAAAUUGAAAAUAUUUUAAAACAAUUGGAAAAGGAAAAGACAAAAACAGAUCAUUUAAUGGGAGAAAAUAAGUUUUUUAAAGAACAAUUGGAGGAGUGUGAACAAAAGCUGGAGUUUCAUUCAGAGGAAAACAGACAACUUCAGAAUAAGUUUGAAACUGACCGGCAAAAAUUUCAGCAGCAAGUGCUAGCUCUUAAAGAUGUUGUAGCUAUCAGCAAACAAAUGUUAACUGUUCGAGAGAAUCAAGUGACUCAUUUGAAGCAAACUCUGCAAGAUGUUGAAGCAACUGUAAUUCAGAAACAUCAUGGAUCUUUAACAGCAGAGCUUAGAGCUGAGUACGAAACUCAGAUGGAAAAUAUAAAAGCUUUGAAAGCCUUAUAUGAAGAGAGAAUGCAAGUUAUGAAUGUUGAGAAAGAAAAAUUAGUUGGUGAACAGAAAGAAUUGCAGAGGCUAAUAGAAGAAGAGAAAAUAAUAGUUGAAAAUCUGGAAACAAAACUACAGGAGAAGGAAGAAAUAAUCAUGGAGAGAAAUGCUACUGUGUCAGAUUUGCAAGACCAGUUGUCAGAUGCUAUUGAUCAAAGCAGAAAUUUAUCAUAUGAAUUAACAUUAAUCAACAAUAUGUUUACUCAAAUCUUAGGAAGUAGUGAAAUGGAUUUGGAUCGCUUAACAAAAUUACUUCAAGAGAAUCAUGAUUUAAUUACUGAAAUUACUACAAAGGGUGAUUGUGAGAGUGAAAUAACUGCAAGUCUCCCAAAAUUACUUUUAGAUCUUGUGUCUCGUGCAGAAAACACUGAAAAUAUUGCAGGUGACAAAGAGUCUUCAGAUCAAAUUUCUGAUAAUGCCUCUUGUUCUACAUCAGUCAAUGCAGAGCAAAAUGAAGCCACAGUACCUUUUGUCAGUGUGAACACAAAUGGUAGUCCUCUCGCUAUGCAAGAUAUUUCCUCUAAUCUACCUAAAGUAUGGAAAGUUCUCCUAGAACUAGUUAGCCAUCAUGUACCAUCUCCUUCAGAAGAGACAGAAGAUGACAGUAAAACAAGCUGUUAUAAGAGGGUAGAUACCCCUCAUGGGCCCAAGAAUGUUAUAAGUGUGAGCAAAACUUUUUUAAGGCUGAGAGAUUUAAUUUUGCAAAAGAAGUCCUUGCAAAAAGAAGUGACACGUUUAAAACAGCUUAAUGUUCACCUAGAAACCAAGUUGAAUGAUCAAGAAAGGCGUCUAUCAUUAGUUUCAACUGAAUUACGGAAGACUUGGAAUGUUGUUGAUCAUAUGCGUGUUCAACAUCAACAGCUUCAUACUCAUGAGAAAGUUCUUCGAUAUGAGUUACAAGAGAAGCGUAAGUUAUUGAUGGAACUUAAAGAAGAACUAGAGUAUUGCAGAGAAAAAUGGGAGGAUGCGAGACAAAAGAAUUCACAAUCUGAAACUGAAUGGCAGAAAUUAAGGAAGGAGUUUGCUUUAAGAAAGAAUAAACCUCUGAAUAAUUCUGGAGAAAGUGGAUUUUCAGAAGAAAAAGAUGAUGAUAAUUCUGACAAUGAUGGUACAAAGAUGCAGACUCAAAGAAAAAGUUCAAAUAGUGGAUUUACUGACUCUCAGAAGAGAGACUCUACUGAUCAAAGUGUUACAAAGUCAGAAGAUCCAGAAGCUGUUAACAGUUCUGCCUCAUCUCUUCCAGACCUUGUUGCAGUAACAGCAGACCUUUCCCUUCCUCCAACCAAUGUUGCAGGUUCAAUAGGUGCCAUUCCAUCAAAUGAAAUUAUUGGAAGAAAUAAUGAUUCAAUAUUGGAAAACAUUGUGCAAGAUACAUUCUCUCUUGAUAGUGAUAGCAGUGGACCUCCUAUUUUAGAGCCAUCUCUUCUGGAGGAAUGUCCAACAGUAUCUCUUAUCACCCUGUUAAAACAACAGUUAUCAUGUUUUUCAAAAAAUCUUGAUAUUAUUACUACUGGUUUUGAUACAAAUGAUCAUUUUAGAGCUUUGCAGUCCAUUUUUGCUCUUCCUGCUAUUCAGAUACCAGAAAAUCUCAAUCCUCCUGUUGAGCCUGGAACAUCGUAUCUUCAGAAAGCUAGAGCUUCAAUUGACAGAGGAAUCCAAGUGACAGAAGAAUGCCAUGAUAAAGUAAAUGAGUCAGAAGUGUCUGUCUGUGAAAUAGAUUCACCACAUUUCUCAAAAAGUGAUGAAGUAUUUCAAAAACAUGGAAAAAGCAUAACAAAUUCUGUUGAAACUCCAUCCUCUUCAAGUAGUAUUUCACAGCCUCAUUCUACAGUAGGUCAGGAAAAUGUUUCUUCUCCAGCAUCAGAAGCAGAAUGUCCCAGAGAAGAAAGUUGCUUGGAAAGUACUGAUGCUUGCUCGAAUUCCGAGAACAGUAAUUCAGAAAGCCGAUCAGAACGUUUACAACGAAUGGAAAGGCAAUGUCAACAGUUAUUUGAUAAAGUUACUCGUAGAUCAGAAACAAGUCGUUUCACUUCUGAUGAACCAAAAGAUCAAAAUAAAUCUCAAGAAAAUUCUGAUGGGCCUGCAAGAAACUUCGAGGAUAUGCUUGAUGCUCGAGCAGCUAGACUGAAAAGGUUAGAAGAACAGUCUCAGCAACUUUUCAAAAAAGUUACAAGAACCACACAUCGAAGUACAGAAUUGUCAAACAGACUUGAAGAAUUACAUGAACAGUAUGGUAGUGAAGAUAUUCCUGGAAGCACAACAGUAGAUAACACUCCCCAAAACAUGCCAAGCGAUUCAAUAUUAAGAGAAGUACCUAUCCCAACAAAUGAUCAAAAACUGUCAGAUCAAGCAACUUCUGAUACUUCAGAAGAUCUCGCCAUUUCCCUUCCUGGACCCUCUGUUUCUCACAUACCUCCUCCAUCUCUUGAAGAUAAGUUAGAUGCUCGUGCAGCAAGGCUCAAGAGAUUGGAAGAACAAUCACAACAGCUGUUCAAUAAAGUUACCAAAACCACACAGCGCAGUACAGAAUUGUCAAACCGACUUGAAGAACUUCAUGAACAGUACAAUAAUGAAGAGGCAGAAGGAAAUGCUCUUUCUUUACCUGAAGGAAACAGUUCUUUAGUAAGUGAUAUACCUAAACCUCCUCCCUUUCCUGACCAUCUUCAAGCAAAUUUGCUAGUUUCAGCAAGGACAGUAGAAAACGAAAAAGUCGUGCAGACUGAAACCGCCUGUUCCACAUCUAGUUCUUCCUCUCACAUUCCCUCUCCUCCGUCUCUAGAAGGUCUGUUGGAUGCACGAGCUGCCAGAUUGAAAAGAUUAGAAGAACAGUCUCAACAACUUUUCAAGAAAGUGAAGAGAACAACACAUCGUAGCACUGAAUUAUCAAAUCGAUUAGAACAACUGCAUGACCAGUAUGGAAGUGAAGAUUCUACAGGAAGUGUGACACACCACUCCACAAAUAGUAUUCCACCUCCUCCUCCUUUACCAGAACACUUAGGGGCUAUGAGACUACCAACUACUUGCCUUCCUUCUUCUUCAAGCCACAUUCCUACUCCUCCUCCUCUGCCAGAAAACCUUCCAUCAGUUCGCCUACCAGCAAAAAUGGAUCAACCCACAAGUUCUAACAAUGAAGAACAGGACGUAUGUGAUGAAGAAAAGGAACAAAGAUAGUGCGUUAUUUUGUAUCAAUGUAAAUAUGUACAUAUAUUGAUAUGUGUAACAGGAAAUGACAUUUUUUAAUUGGUUUAAAUUGACGAAGCACAGUAUUAUAUUGUUGCACACAGUGCCAGGUGCUGCUGGUAUUUGAAAUAAAUAUUGUUUUUAUCAAGUUGCAUGACACUUAAGAUUCAUGUAAUCAUGGUUAAUGAACUAUUGAAAGAAAUGAAUAAUUUUGCACUUAUUAUAUUCAUAAUAAAGACAACAAUGUGUAUUCCUAUUAGGUUGUCAUUAAUGUAAGUGCAAUUAUUAAUUGUAAUUUAAAUGAUUUAUUUUGGUAUAUGUCAAGAAUGAGGGAAUUUAUUUCAAUAAUUAUUUGUAUUUCUGAAUUGAAAUUAUAUUUAAAAUUACAAUGUAUUUUUAUGUUCUC